CCCCACCCCCCAUCUGGAUCCGCGCAUGGUGACAUAUCAUGCUUUCUGUUUAUGCAGGUAAACUUGUGUUUGGUUAAAUUUCAACAGAGCACAAUUGUCUGAACAGUGUACAAACUCAUUACUGUUUUUUCAGGCAAGGGUGGAAAAAAAAAGGUAGACAAUGAAAGCAGUAACAUUUUUAUUAAAAAAAAAUAAACAAUGAGACAAAAGUUUCCAACAUCUUUGGACGGUUCAAAAAUCCCAUGUUAAACAUACGAUAAAGCCCGAAACGCGUGAAAAUGUUCCGAAUGUAAAUCGGGUGAAGUAAGCGCUCUAUGUAGAUUAUGCGUCUAGAUUGAUUAAACUGGGCGAGUCUACUUACUUAUUACUUGAGGAUGAAAAAAAACGUGUUUUUUUAAAUGUUGCUCUUAAACAAGGGUGGCGGUUGAACUACUAAAAGUACAACAACAGUUGAUUCACAACAAAUCGUACGGUAUGUUUUAUAAUCAGUAGAAGCUAGUCGUAUUUACGCUUAUGAGACCUGUUUCACCCAUAAGUAAAGAAUUGACAGGUCCAUCAUGAAAUAUUUUCCCCAUCGUGCAAAUACUUGUCCUAUUCAAUAUGAUCGCGGCCUCGGCCGCGAUCAAUUAUAUUGAUUGCUUGCGCUAAAUAUGCUUCCAAAACUGCCAUGUCUGUAGGAUUUGUAUAUCAAUUAAUCACGCUCAGGGUUAUGGACAACGUAGUGCAUCGUGUUUUGCUGCUCAAUGAUUUGACUUGGAACUGAUAAUAAAAUAAUAUUGACCGAGACUGGGGAAAAUAUUGACGUCUCAAAAGUCCUAGCUGUAGCCAAGGUAGUCUGUACACAGUGAGAAUGAUCGAUCGAGAGAAGUCAAAAGCUACCUAAUAUUUAUGGGAUUCGUUCUACACUACUGGCGAAGCGGCUAGUGAUUCAUCAGUCCACACACUUACUCAAGGUCUGAUAACAAAUAAUGCCGCUACAUUAAAAUGAAUUCACGAGCAGCACAGAACAAGGGGCAGGGGGCUCAGUACAGCUUGCAAACGAUCAUGAAGCUUUUUAUUUAUCAACAUCACAUGAAAAGAACUGGCAUUUUGUUUACACAAGGAUGUGAAAUAUUGUGUUGGGGACUACUUUUCUUGUCAAACGAUGUUUAUUCCCGACACAGUAAUGUGGAAUUAUUACUCGGAAUAAUUUACCUGUACUUAUUCAUUCGGACUAUAAAUAUGGAUGUAUUAGUCUGUUCUAAGGGUAGAGAAGAUGAAUUUGAUUGGAAGAGACUUACUAUGAGACAGCGAACAGCUUUAUUUGGAGCAAUUAUUUCUAUGAAUGUCCUAUUCAUUACACCAGUGCUGUUUAUAUUGACGUUUGAAGAAAUGUUUCUUACAGUUAUAUUAUUGGGCCUGGUACUCCCUGUUCUAUACAAAGAGGUAUAUUUCUUUUUUAUUGAUUUAGUGUUAGUGAAGAAUUCAAAAGAGUCAUUGAAUACAUGUUUAUAUGUAUCUCUUAAAUUAUUGCAUAUGUAUUUUAUAUUGCUAUGUUCAAUGGUAAUAUGGUUGCAUCGGAAUGAAGGGUUUCUGCACAAGUUUUAUUCUAACAAUGGUAUUGUACAGUAUCAAGCACCAGUUUUAGAUGGAAGUGGAAUUCGUAAAUGCGAUCUCAUAACUCACAUACUGCCGAUGUCACAUCGCAAGUUUGGACUAGACAAAGGUAGAACAAACAAACUUGAUCCAUGCUCUGCAAUUCUUGGAGAGUAUGUAACGUUCAAUUGUAGGAUAAACAGUAGUGAUUCUAACAAUAUUGUAUUUAGAUGGAUGAAAGGUGCAGAACACAUAAGCAUACGUGCGAAUGAAAGAUACAGAAUUUCGAAAGGUUGGCAUAGGAAUAGUUUGUCAAAGAAACUUAUUUGGAGCUCAAAUUUGACAAUAAAUAGAAUAACUACAACAGAUUACGAUAUAUACACUUGCUUAGCAAGGACUGUUGUUUGUAAGAAACAUAGAGUUAAGGAAAGAUUUAUGCUUUUAAUUCAAGACAGGAUGAUCUGUAGUGAUCAGGUGAAUUAUAAAUUGCUGUUAAAUUCAUCAGUCGCAUUACAUAUGUUUACAGGAAGUCAACACGUUGUACGAGCACCGUUAGGUUAUCUGCUCAGACUACAAAAUGUUUUCCCGCUAAGAUUUGUAGAGAAGAUAUCGGAGAUAACCUUCAUAAACGACGACUUUAAUAAAAGUUUUAAACUGCCCUUUCAAUUCUGUUCUGACAGUGUAAAGAGGUUGCACAAUCUUGAUAAAAGGAAAAUUGACCAGUUUUCAGAAACUACAUUUUGUACAUUUUUGUAUUAUGGUAGAUAUUUGCUACAGGCAAAAUUUAACACAGGCAAUAAACUUUUGCAUCCAAAUUCACUAACUAUUCUCCCUUACACGGACAUAAGUGCUUAUUUUCAUAUACAUUCGCGGUUUCUCUUUUCUAAAUUGUAUAAAAACCUGAUUUCAAACAUCACAUCUUUUAGUAAAGAUAACCCUAAUGCUAUAUUAAUCAACACUAUACAGGAAUUAAUAUAUCAUCAUAUGCAAGUAAUUGAAAGUCAUGAACAUACACUAAUGCAACUCAUAGUGGCUAUUGUUCUACUUGUGGAAUUCAAAAUUUAUCAUUUUAUUCUACAUCUUACUCGUAGAUCCAUGGGUUUAGAACGGAAGGAUAUAAUACGUGUUGAUAAGAGGGAUUAUGACAUAUUUUUAUCUUUCUGCGAGCAAAGCCAGGCGGAUCAAGCUUUUGUUGUAGAAAAGCUUCUACCAUACAUGGAAAACAAUCAGAAUUUAAAAAUCAGACCUUGUCAUUUAAUUCAGUCAGGUAGUCACCUAUUUGAAACAUUUUCGGAAGAAAUUCAGAACUGUAAAAAGGUCGUGAUACUAUGGUCUGAAGAAUACGCUGAAGAUCCUGAAUGCCGGCAGAUUCUCAGUGCGGUGAUUCUUGGUCUCCAUAGCAACGAGCUUCUUAAACUUUCCGACAUCAUAACUUUAAGGUAUCGGUCUACACAACUGCCAUUUCGCUUUUCAUUUUUUCUCCAAGAGUAUUCAGCAGAUGUGCCUGAUGAUUCGGACGACAGUCUACAAGAUAUUAAUGAUUUCAUAAAGAAUUCUUUUAGAAAAGACCAAAGUGUAGUCGAUAAAGUAGGAAACAAUAAUACUUUCAGAUUGUGCGUAUAUAUAGUAGAGGUAUUUUUCAAUUUUUAUUUGUCGUCCAGUGGCAAAGUGCAACAUUUCAUACACGCGAUAUUCGCCAUCUGUUUUGUCUGUGUAUUUAUAUGGAUAUCAUCAAUGUAAAAUACUGUUUUUGUUUUGCGCUUAACGCCGUUUUUCAAAAGUAUUCCAAUUAUGUAACGGCGGGUAGUUAACCUAACCAGUGUUCCUGGAUUCUCUACCAGUACAAACCUGUUCUCCACAAGUAAUUGUCUCAACAUGUUUAGAAUAGAAUACACCUUAUCACGGACAGCGUCAUGACUUAUGGCACAAUUUUAUUGUUUCCAAUCUUCUUUAAAGCACAUUGUAACAGUACAUAAAUAUCGUCGUGAAGGUCAAAUUUUGUUAUGAUAAAAAUUAGAUCAUUUGAAAAUAAUGUAUGGUUUUGUCUUUUUUUUUUUGCUAUGACAGAGGAAUCAAGAAUAUCCUCUAUAAAGAUUUUAGCAAGUUGCUAUUCGAUUAUGUUUAGUGAAAAUUCCAAAAUGUUACAAAAGCACCGUUGAAAUUAAAUUUUGCUGAGUCCACGGUUUUGGAACCAGCCCCUGAACUUCAGCACCUGGUCAGUAUUUUUGACAAAAAGCUUGAAUCUGACGAAAGUCAAUAAUAUCUU